AUGUCUCCACAGCCUGCGUCUAGCAAUAACAUCACGCGUGAUGUCCCUAACAACACAGCUGGUGACAAUCACGAUGCCUCCACCCAGAUGAUGAACGAAGAACAACAAAACACCAACCCACACAGCCCUGAAGGAAAGAACGCUGUUCCUGAGAACACCGUGGACGGACAUCAGACCCCCAAGCCGAAUAUGACACAGGCCAAUUCAGAUGAGGCAAUCCACCCUGCUUCUCCCAGCCCCGACCCAACUCUCCCCGAGGAGAUAGAGAACGGCAUCAACGCAGCACGACUUACAAUAGAGCAGUUCGACCAACGCCUCACCAACCUCGAAGCCAGAGUCGAACAUCUACAGCAGCAGCUCCAGAACCAAGCUGCGCGCACCCAACAGCUGGAGGCCGAGGUUUCCCGCCUGAUUCGUACCGCGGACAGUCAGAACAUGAGCAUUCUUCAGAUCUUCCAGCGCAUCGAAGGGUGGUAUUGGUUUCGCUAG